UGGAUUGUUUUUUGCGUUUCGUGUGCAAAUGUCACGUGCCAAAUACGACAUUUUACAUGCUGCUGGAUCUAGGAAAAGAGGCUUCUUUCCGAGACAUUUCGGUGAUAUAAAUUGAUAUUAGAUUCCAAGAUGAACUCCGGUCCAUGCUUCAGAUGUGGUAAGGGUGGACAUAUUGCCCGUGAUUGUCAGAAUGAAGUGAGAAAUGGUGACGACUAUGCUAGGAAUGGAUUUGGGGGAGGAAGAAACAGAGAUACUAGAUGCUACAAGUGUAACCAAUUUGGUCACAGGGCCCGUGAUUGUUCAGACACAUCUGAGGAGGAUCUCUGCUAUCGAUGUGGAAAACCAGGGCACAUCUCCAGUAGCUGUCCAAACACCGAUAUAGAAUAUGUCAAGUGUUACAACUGUGGGAAACAGGGACACAUGAAGAGUAACUGUCCUGAGGGUAAGGCUUGCUACAACUGUGGGAGUACCAGUCAUGUGAAAGCCCAAUGUCCAGAGAAUGGAGAUAGAGACUAUGGAAGUCGUGGAAGAUCAGGUGGUGGUGGUGGUGGUUCAGCCUGUUUCAACUGUAAGGAGGAAGGUCACCAAGCUUUUGCAUGCCCCAACAUGACUUGCUACAACUGUGACGGGAAAGGACACAAGGCUCGUGACUGUCCUGACGUAGAGAGUCAAGAGUACCGGGGAUACCGUGGAACGCAGAAAGAUACCAAGUGCUACAACUGUGGCAGGAUGGGCCACAUUGCUCGUGAUUGCAGUGGCAGCGCUUGAACCAUCAAACCCCACUCCGGCUAUCUCCACUAAAACCUUGUUGUUUCCAGUCAGUUGAUGGGGGUAGGAAAGAAGAGAUAUGAACUAUUGAAAUACAAAGUUUUUUUUUUCUGAAGUGAAAAAAAAAGAAUGUGAGCAUAAUAAAUUGAGACAAAUUCAACUGACAAAAAGUGGUGCAACCACUUUGAUUAUCAUGUUUGGGGGUGUUGAUAAUCAAAGAAAUAUAAAUGUGAAAAUCAAGCCUGAUGUGUGGAAAAGUGGAACACUAGGGUGUAUAACGAUGCAAGAUGCCGGAAUUUGCCGUCAAAGAAAGCAGUGUUGCAGGCCUGUGCAGGAAGAGCACAGUUCGGUGUCGAGGGGAGAUGUGGGAGAUCAAAGAAAAAAAAUUCAAAUGACCUUGUUUGGUCAACUGAUGAAGAUACUGGGUGAUGGUGUAGGAGUAUCUAGUGGAGUGGAGUUUGGUGAUGAGCCCAAUCCUUUUUAACAACAUGGGAUAGGCUUUCUUAGAUAUAUCUUAAGUUUUCAAAGCAGAUAUUAGUUUUAAUGGUGUUCAAAAAUAAUACAAUCAUAUAAGGAAAUUGUAGAAAAAUCAUCGUUUGCGUGUGGAUGUAUGUUGCUUGUAUUAUUCUUUUAUUCAUUUUUCCCCUGCUCUAAAAGUAUAAUUUGUCACCUAAUGUUCAAGUGAAGCUUCUGGAGGUUCUAACAAAGCAGCUGAGCUUGUAUAUGUAUAUUAUGAUUAUCAUAAGUUACAAGUGAAAAUAAACUUUAUUAGUUUUUAGAUUGUGCAUCACACCUACAUGUAGGUUAGUGCAUAUCUUAUGUACUGUAGGAAAAAGAAUUUUUUUAAGAAACGGUAAAAUAUUAUUGUUUUUCUAAUAUCAUUAAUACAGUUCAGACUGAAUCAUUGGAUGUUAAAUACAACUGGCAUUUUUUUUUUCAGGCGUUAUUUUUCACAUCUUACAGCCCGAAUUUGCAACAUAGGGUAAGCUUUAGUAUCGCAAUGAGUAACGAUUUCCAGUUUCCAUGUAAAUUUUUUUUUUCUCUCAUUGUAAUCAGUUGUUUAGAUAUUUAUUUUCAAUACAGCAAUUGAUAAGGUGUUGAAAUUGCUAUGUUUUGAAUGUGAUUGAUGUCUAGUAGUUAAUGUUAGUAUUGGUAUGGUCAAUUUCUAACAGAUGAUAAGUGUAAAGGGAUGGGAAGAAUUAUUCAUGUAAGAUUUGUUUUUACAAAGUCCUUUGUAAUUUUUUAUGUCCCUUUUGGCUAAGCAGGUACAUCACUAUUACAUAUUAUAGUUUUAAUAUGACCAUCUUUAUUCCUGAAUAAAUUAAGUGCCUGUGUAACUAAUUAUGAGGUACAUUACCAUUUUGUUUCAUAAAUGAAAUUGGAAUCACUUUUCUUUUCUCUUACAAUGCAUUCUACAUUUUAGACUUUUACAGGCCUAUCAGAAUUUAAAAUUAUUUAUGAAGGAUCAUUUUCUAAUAGCAGUGUUUCGUUCACAUGGAAAAUGAUACAUGAAAUGUUAUACUUAUGAAUGUUUAUUGUUUUAAGAAUUUUAUUCAUGUAUGUUGAGUCAGUGUUAAAUAAUUGAUUUAGAUAUUGAAAUCUUCUGCUUCAAAUAGGGUGUAUUUCAUUAACUGCACACUUUCUGGUGUCAUCCAGUAAUGGAAUUAUUUUUCCCCUGAUUGAUACCCAUCAAUCAAUAAAACAAAAUGGAUAUAAAUGACUAAACAAUUUUGAUUUUGAAACAAAAGUUGAUAUGAUGGCUGCUACGUGAUGCAGGGAAGUGACAAUGAUUUGACAAGUGGGGAACAGUAUGGCCAUCUACAUGUACUAUCAUUCAUUGUUUUUGUAAAUAUAGUUUGUAUGGAAAGGGCAGUUCAGAUUUCUUUUGUUGAGUAAUAGAAAAAAAACAAGCCCUGAUCACUUCUGAAUUUUUCUUUCCCGAAAGUGGCUGAAAUCAUCUUAGUUUUCUGAAAAUGCUGCAUCGUACAUUAAUAAUGUUCCAUGUAGUGCAUCCUGUAAAACAAAACAUUGCUAUCAAUAACACAAGUAGUGGUGCUGUGGAUCAGAUUUCUAUGGUAGUUCUUCAAAUACAACUUUUAGCUUAACAUUUCAAAGCAGAAAAGAAUGGUGAUAAACCAACAGAAAGUAAUAUGUAUUUUAUGUCACAUCAUACCACUCAAGACAAACAAAGGUCAGUGUCAGCUUCACUGUAUUGUAGGUUCAUUUGCAUUGCAAAAUUGUUGUUAGACAUAAUUCUUGAGAAUACUGUGUCCAUUGUGAUAUAUUUGGGAUUCAAGAUACACUGGACUUUUGAACAGAAGGCAAGAAGAAUCUGAACUGAAGUGGGGUCUUGAAUGAUGCCAAUCAUUAAGAACCAAAAUGGGAGGGGUGUAAUCAUAUUUGUGUGUCCAUGAAUGUGACCCUUAUAUUAUUAUUAUUGGACCAGCAGUUUUAUCAGUGGCACUUGUGUUACAGUCAUGUAUCAUUUUUACCUGCUGAAGAUCAUAUCUGUGCCCGUAGUUUUGUACAUAGGUUAUGAUCUGGAAACUUUAAAAUGUUUGAUUAUCCACUUGACAGAGAAGAUCAAUUAAGAACACUUUGAGUAUAAAGUAA